GCCCUGCAGUUUAAUGUAACAGUAAGCUGGCAACUGCAAAUAAUAAAUAAAAUCACGUGUUAUAGGCAAUAGUAAUAUUAAUGUAUUAGCCUACUACUCAACUCGACUACUGUAAUACGACAUACAAACUAAAAGUGCAGAAUGUCUAAUAGGAAGAGACGGGAAUUUCGACGAAUGUGCUGACGUGAUCUCUGCUUCAUCUGGGUAAAUGUGCUCAUAACACGCCACAUGCACGCGAUGGGGAACCACAUUGCUUGGGAACCAUUAGCAGUGUGUCACCGGUUUUGGGGUCUGAUUCAAAACACACAUUAAGUGUUGACAAAUGGCAAUGGAUAGUCGUUAUAGUGUGAAAUCACAAAGCUUUUGGUUAAGUGUUCCUUACCGACAAAGGUGAAUCGGUAAGAAUGCACGUUAAUGAGACUAUCAGCCACUCAUCGUUAACGUUCUCAAUUGGUAAACAAACCUCUUCAUUGAGAGCAUUUUAACAGCUGAAGUAACUUACAGGACAUUUCGAUAUGAUAUCUCUUUGUAUGAAGCGAUUUCGGAUAUGCUGUGAAACCAGAUCAAUACGAGUACCAUGCAGAGACUUCGUCGGACAAUACAUCGCCAAUCGUUACAAAACAACGGUCUGUCCAAAUGACGAAACCGAUCCAACCCGAAUGUUACUGGAGCUCUGCGUAGACGGAUUCUAUGUUGCACCUGGCCAGGUGCACACCGACUUAUUUAAGCGGGGAAUGUGCUGUAACUAUGGACCACUGGGAGUGGAACUGAAGAAGAACCUGCUCGAGCAGUGGUGGAGUUCUAUUAAAAGGUCAAGAACGCAAGUGUUUGGCAUUAGCACUUUGACCACCGGGGACGAGAAGUCUGGAGAGGGCAACCCUAGUUUGGACGUUGAACGCCUUAACCAACUUCUUGAUGCAGAUGAGUUUAACAAAGCCCAACGGACUCAGAGGAUACUGAUGCUUCUUCGGCAGUCAACAUCUUUAAGAACGAACCUUCUUCAAGGUAGAGCUCAACCAGCAUGAUGUAGAGCAAUUCAUUAAACAAUUUGUAGAGAGUUGGCCGAUGCACAUAGCUGAAUGGACUCCUGCAUUGAACAUGAAGGUGCAUUGGAACAGUACAUCUCUUGGUUGGAGCUGGUGAAAAGGAGGUUGCCGUUUGGCCUAGCUGAGACUGGCCUGAGUUUCCAACCGGAUGGAUCCGGUAGCCGAGCAGAAGCUACCUACGCGUCCCUGGUUUGGUUCUGCUCUCCGCGGAGCUCCUCGCAGUGGCUGGACCACUGGGCACGACUCAGGCUCCAGUGGUGGAGAAAGUUUGCCCUGGCGCCAUCAGAAUUCAGCAGCCGGGACGUCCAAGUGGACGAGCUCCAGGAGGGGGCCUCUCGUGGCGUGAAGAUCGUCUACUCGUUCCCAUGGGGACAGGAGACCCUGGAGAACCUCUGGAGCCUCGGGGAUUCUGAUUUAUUGCAGACACACGGUGGUGUCCGCGCAAAAAUACAGUGUUUUGAUGGCCAGAAGUUGGUAGUACCUCACGUCAUCUCGGUCGUGAGCAACAUGGACCGUAGUAUGAUGGCCUACAUGCACAACUCCCUGCAGCUAAUGAAGAAACACGAUGGCAAGCAGAAACUGUACCGGAGGAAGGUGUUGAAGUUGCAUCCGGUGUUGGCCCCGGUCAAAGUGGCCUUGGACAUGGGCAGGGGAGCUACACUGGAGCAGAGACAGGUGUGCGACGGCUUGUUGCAGGAGUUCCUGGAUGCUGGGAUCUCUGCAUGGCCAGGAUCUAUAGAUAUAACAUCAUCUGCGGAGAAGCUAAACACCAAGUAUGAUGAGAUGGGCGUCCUCUUCACCAUGGUGAUCGAUGAGAACACCCUGGAGAGCGGGGUGCUGCAGGUGCGAAGCAGAGACACCACCAUCAGGGAGUCCAAACAUAUCUCGGAGGUCAAGGGCUUCCUGCUCCGCUACAUGCGUGCCGCCCAUAACAUGUGAACGACCAGAUCCUACUGGCCAGAAAAGUUGAGACCAAACAGCAAGUUGGAGUGCCAGUGUGGUUUAGUGGCCUAGCAGUAAUAUUUUGUUGACGUUUGUCAUUGAUAACUGUAUUUUCCAUUAAAAAUUAAAUAAAUAAAGUUUCCUAAGAAAAUC